AUGUCGAGCAAAAUCCACUCUAAUAAUCCUAAAGAAACCAUUUUCCAUCUUCUUUUCAUUCUUCCUCUACUCUUUUGUGUAGUAGAUUCACACAAACUUCCACAAAACGAACAAGAACGAAGUUUUCUUCUAAAACUUAAGAAAGAAUUUGGAAAUCCGUCAUCAUUGGAAUCAUGGAAUAUUUCUAAUAAGGCUCACCACUGCAAUUGGACAGGUAUAAAAUGUGAUCCCCGUCAUUCUGUUUCCGGUAUUUUACUUGCACAUAUGAAUAUUACAGACAAAGUUCCGAAUUUCAUCUGUGAUUUGAAAAAUUUAAGAGAAAUUGAUCUUUUUGGGAAUUAUAUUACUGGAGAAUUCCCGGUACAUAUAUUGAAUUGUUCAAAACUUGAAUCUUUAGACCUUUCAUAUAAUCAGUUUGUUGGCAGAAUUCCUAACGAUAUCGAUAGACUUGCAAAUCUUCAGUUACUUGCUCUGUUGUGGAAUAAUUUCUCGGGUGAUAUUCCUUCUUCAAUUGGAAAUUUACAGUUCUUACAGAAAUUAGAUCUUAAUAUGAAUCUUUUUGGUGGUAUUAUCCCGCAAGAGAUUGGAAACUUAUCGAAUCUCGAGUAUCUUAGGAUAGGCUAUAAUGCCUUUUUCCCGUCAAAAUUUUUGUCGUCGAAAAUUCCCGAUCAAUUCACUAAAUUGAUAAAGCUGAAAUAUUUGUCCAUGACGAAUGCGAAUUUAUAUGGAAAAAUUCCAGAUUGGGUUGGUAGUUUUUCAAAUCUGGUAACUCUAUUUCUUGAGUCCAACAAUUUGAGUGGGAAUAUCCCGGAGAAUUUAUUUUUGUUGAAGAACUUAACGUCUCUGGGCUUGAGCAAAAACAAAUUAUCGGGGGAAAUUCCAAUAGCCAUCGAAUGUUUAAAUAUGUAUUACUUUGUUCUUGAUAGAAAUGAGUUAACUGGUUCGAUUCCUGAAGGUAUUGGUAAAUUGAAGAAUUUGCAAGUUUUAAGUGUUGCCGAAAAUCAACUAACAGGAGAAAUUCCGGCGAGUAUUGGUUUACUUCCAUCUCUUACUGGUAUUCAUUUUUCUAACAACAACUUAUCAGGUGAACUACCCCAAGAACUAGGUUUACAUUCUUACCUUCAGACUUUCAACGUAUCAGAAAAUAAACUUUCAGGGAAUAUUCCAGAAAAUUUAUGUGUUAAUGGUAAUUUGCUAAUUGUUUCUGCUUGGUCGAAUAACUUUACCGGAGAAUUACCGAAAACGUUUGGGAAUUGUCCUGAUUUGUGGUAUGUUUCACUUGAGAAGAACAUGCUAAGUGGUGACAUUCCAGUUAGUUUCUGGUCUAAAAUGAAAUCAGUUGUUAUCAUGAAUGAUAAUUUGUUUUCUGGGGAACUUCCAGAUAAGUUGAGUUCAGAUUUAAUGAUUCUCAACUUAGCAAAUAACAAGUUUGGAGGUAGGAUACCAACUGGUCUUGGUUCACUCAAGCAACUUGAGAUCCUUUCGUUAAGGUCAAACAGCUUCAGCGGGUCGAUCCCCAAAGAUAUUUUUCAUUCGCAGACUCUCCAAAUCUUAGACUUGUCACAUAACGAUCUCUCGGACCAUAUUCCUAUGAUGUUAGGGAACUGGAGCGGUGUAACAAGGAAUUCGAAUCCACACGGGUUCUUCAAUAAUCCUCAUUUUGGACUGCAGAUGGUAAUCAAAGGAGUUAUGAUACAAAUUAAGGAAUUAAAUAAAUAUAGCACAAGCAUCGAUUUAUCAUGCAAUAAUCUUGACGGAAACAUUCCAAAGGAGAUAGGCUUGUUAACACUACUCACUUCUCUUAAUUUGUCCCAUAAUCAUUUCUCCGAUCAUAUUCCAGAAAGUAUUGGAAAUUUGUCUGCGCUAGAAUCUCUGGAUCUAAGUUCUAAUGAAUUGUCUGGACUUAUUCCACAGUCUUUAACAACAAUAGAUUCUCUCGGAGUUCUGAACUUGUCUUAUAAUAAGCUGAGUGGCAAGAUUCCAAGUGGAACUCACUUUGAUACACUCAGUUUGGAUGGUUCAGCUUUCGCUGGGAACAAUUUACUCUGUGGAUCGUCAAUAGGUAGAAGUUGCAAGGGUGAUCGCAAUACUAGUACUAGUGAUGCGCAUCCUACAAAUGAAUUUGAUGAAGCUGAUGGAGAUGAUACAAAAGAGAGGUUGUUGUUGUAUUCUAUUGUUGCCUUGGGUUUUGCUGUUGGAUUUUGGAGUCUUUUCUUUAUGUUACUUGUAAGGAAACAGAAAUGGUGGUUUUGGUAUUGGAGAAUUGUUGAUUUGGUAGCUGUUAGGAUAGUUGAUUGUAUCUGUAAUAAUAAUUAA